UUUUUUUUUAAUCCUUUUUUGAUACCGUAAGUGAUGAUUUGGGUUGGAAGUUAAUUCCUUUUUGUAUUUGUCAAAUAAAUUCAGAAGCUGUAAUUUCUUUUUGGUCAAAUAGGCAUAUGGUUUUCCUUUGCUGUAAUCUCUUAGAAUUCUUUGUAACCGUCCUUGUUUUUCUGCUGAAAUGGGUGGUUCUUUAGAUCUGGGACUCUGUAGUUGAAUAAUUAGCAAGAGAUAAUUACUCGAGUUUAUUAGAUUUAAACGUAUUUCACGAGCUGUCUUGUUUCUGAAUGUUUCAUGUGAUUGGGUGGUGAUUUUACAAAAUUCGAUCACUUCAUCAGAAUAUGUUUUUCUCUUGCCACGAUUUCUCUUGAAUCAAGUUUGCUUUAUCUGAUCUGAUGAAAAGGCUGCUAUAAUGGAGCUCAAUGGCUUGAAGAAAGCAAGUAGGAUGGACUUCAUUGUUGGAAGAGAAGAUAUGAAAUUUUUCAAUGAUUUUGGUGAAUUUGACCCAUGGACAGCAUGGGCAUACAAGCCACGAACAAUUUCCUUGCUAUUGUUUGGCACAUGUGUUAUUAUUUGGGCAAGUGGUGCUUUUGAUCCAGAAAGUAUGGCUUCAAAUGAUGUUGUAACAUCUGUUAAGAGGGGAGUUUGUGCCAUGAUUGCAGUUUUUCUAACUUAUUCCUUGCUCCAAGCACCUCCAACGGUUCUUAUCAGGCCGCAUCCCGCCAUUUGGCGGCUAGUUCAUGGAAUGGCCGUCGUUUACCUUGUAGCACUUACUUUCUUGCUUUUUCAGAAUCGCGAUGAUGCCCGCAAAUUCAUGAAAUUUCUUCACGCUGACCUUGGAGUUGAACUGCCUGAAAGGUCUUAUGGAACAGAUUGUCGUAUAUAUGUGCCUGAUAAUCCCAAAAGCAGGUUUAACAAUGUUUAUGAAACAUUAUUUGAUGAGUUUGUCCUUGCACAUAUAUUUGGUUGGUGGGGGAAGGCCAUAAUGAUACGAAAUCAAUCUCUUUUGUGGGUCUUAUCAGUAGGUUUUGAACUGAUGGAGCUUACUUUUCGUCACAUGUUACCAAACUUCAACGAGUGUUGGUGGGAUAGUAUUAUUCUCGAUAUUUUGGCUUGUAAUUGGUUUGGCAUAUGGGCUGGAAUGCAUACUGUGAGGUACUUUGAUGGGAGAACAUAUGAAUGGGUUGGCAUAAGCCGCCAGCCAAAUAUCAUUGGUAAGGUGAAGAGAACGUUGGAGCAGUUCACUCCAGCUCGGUGGGACAAAGAUGAGUGGCACCCCAUGCUCGGUCCUCUGAGAUUUGUUCAGGUUCUGAGCCUCUGCGUCGUCUUCAUGACUGUGGAGCUCAACACAUUCUUUCUCAAGUUUUGCUUGUGGAUUCCACCCAGAAAUCCUCUUGUAAUUUACAGACUUAUCCUCUGGUGGUUAAUUGCAAUUCCCACCAUACGUGAAUACAACAAUUAUUUGCAGGACAGAAAACCAGUGAAGAAAGUUGGAGUAUUUUGUUGGCUUUCCCUCGCAAUCUGCAUAUUGGAGCUUCUCAUCUGCAUCAAAUUCGGCCAUGGUCUUUUCCCUCAAUCAAUGCCACUUUGGCUGAUAAUUUCCUGGUCAUCUGUGGGCUCUGCGUUACUCAUUUUCCUAUUAUUUUGGACUUGUCGGAUUCAUCAGAGCAUGCAGAAAAAGAAGCAAUAAUUGCAGUUUCUUCCUGUUUUUUUAUUUAUUUAUUAUUAUUAAUAUUCCUUUUGUGUAUAUUAAUGCUUCGUCGUCGGCAAAGCUUGAAAGCAGCCUAGCAGUUACGGAUUGUUUGGGGCAGUUGCAGCUGUUUGAAGAAGCUGUGUUAAACAGAUGCAGAAGAAAUUACAGUUCAAGAAGCUCUGGUGGUUAUUACAAUUUUAUUUUAUUUUCAAAAUGUCUGACCUCAGCUUUCAGGCAACCACCGCUCAGAUUGCAAAACACAACUUCCCGCCAUAUCUUUUUGAAAAAAACAGAUAAAAUAUAAUUUUGUCAAAUGCAUGAAAGUAUGGUGCGGCACCGUCGCCUUCACAGCAUUGCCCCCAAGCAAAACCAAGUGCCUUGUGAGCUUAUUUUUUGCUAC